AUGGAUGAGGAUACAAUGAUCGAUGCGUUUUCCAACAGUUUACGUUUGUACUUUGUCUUUUCAGGAAGCGAAACGGGUCGACCAGAAGAAGACACUUUUGGGGUCUCCAUCGCCGUGGGCCUGGCCGGGUUCGCAUGUGUCCUCCUCCUCGUUCUCUUUGUCCUCAUCAACAAAUACGGUCGACGCAACAAAUUCGAUCCAGGGGGUUGUAAUAUCGGUUAUGUGUCAAAACACCCAUCACAGGAUCUGGAGAAGACAGAGGCAGUGUUGUGA